CCACGAUAUUAGAAGAGAUUGUUAGAGAAAACAUAGUUAUAUUUUUAAUCUUUUUUGUAAUUAUAGCUGAAGCGUCAUUAUCUACAUUAUUUUAAAAACGGGUGGCUUUUUAUUAGUGAAUUGUGUGUGUUCUGUGUGGGUCGCUCUCUCUUUUAUCAGAUCAUUGUUUACCAGGCAGAGUAAGUAUUCCAGCAGUUCAAAAAGAUUCUUUGCAGUCCCCCGAGUGUCCUGGCAGUGUGAAGUCUCCGGUCUUCGCUGGGGCUUCCACAGGGGGCAUUGGCUCUGGCGCUGGGUUAGGGAGGCAAAACCAGCAGGGGCCGUUUCUCCUCGCGGCUCUGGAGCUAAACGUCAGCUGUCUGCUGAUCUCAAGCAGACUCCUGCAGGGCUGCCCUUUGUCACCCAGGGGCUGGUAACUCGCUGACAUCCUCUUGAGUUCCUGGGUGUAGAAGAGAAAAUUGGCUUGGGGAUCAGAGGAUGCCCAGUGCUAUUGAGGGGAGUGUGAUGAGAAAACGUCAUGGGACGGUCUAAAAACCCAUCCGAUGCAUUGCAACUCAGCCUGCUUCUUUAGAAGGUGUUUUCCAUUCUAGAAUUACUAGGGAGCCAUGUCAUGGUUUUAGCAGAGCAUCAUACCCCUCCCACGUUAGGAUAUUAAACAUUAGCAACAAAGCAUUACAAAGUGUUCCUUCAACUGGAGCAUGUGGGCUUCAGCAUUGUGAAAGACUGUUUGCUUUAAAGAUCAGCCUUUCUUGUCGCUUCGCAGUGCUGAAGGGCGUUGCUCUGGUAUUGCAGAGCAAGGAACUGGAGCCACAAAACCCACAUUUCAAAACAAAAAUGAAAAACAUGAAAUCAGUAGAUUAUUGCAAAGCAGGGUGAUUGCCACAAUCUCUUUUGCAAUGGCACAUCAGAAGUACCUUUCGAGAAAUGCCUCGAUGGGAACAUGUUUCAAAUCUACCCUUUCAGUUCAAUUUCCUAUUACUGUGUGCCUUUGUAUCCUCCUGAUGUAUUUCGUACGCUCAAUUGCUUGACCCCCCCCCCCCCCCCCCCCCCCCCCCCCCUUUGUCUCCUAAUUUUGAAUAUCCAAUUACCAGAGUCGCUCCCCGCAACCACUCAGGAGAUCUGAAGGACAGCGGCCGUCCUCCCUUCCCCAAGCCAAUGGCUAUUUAAAUCCCAGUUGUGUCUCCUGGUUUCUGUGGUGGUUUUAAUGGGUUUGCUGGGUUUUGUCAACUCUUAAGAUAUUAAUGCAGUCAUCAUUGCUCAUUCCUUUAAACCCUGGAGUCUGAUUUGCAUUGCAUUGGACUCUCUUUAAAGCCACUGUGCCCUUUUAUGUCCUGUUUAAGAUUCUAUGAUCUGUGUUUGCAUGGAUCAAUAUUUACCCAGCUUACUAACCCUGUCAGCCAUGCGAACCAAUUCAAAAUGCUGAUAGAUCGCAGCUAGACCUCUGCAGCUGUGCUUUCUCUCUCCUCUCUCCUUUUUCCUUUUCCAAACUCUUGCUUUUCCUUUUUCAUCUGCUCACUUUCUGACUUUUGAUGAACUAGUUCAGCUGUUUUGCUUUUGCCAAGAACUGAAAAGAGGAAAUCCUUCCAAAUCUGACCUGUUAAAAUAACCGUCUUGGGAGUCAAGAAGACUUCUGCUUUUGGCUGUGAUAAUGGGGUUUAAAUAACUGGGCUGCUGUGUGGAAGGCAGAGCGUUUGAGUAGCUCAGGGGUUAGAGAAAGCGCUGGGCUGCUGUGUGGAAGGCAGAGCGUUUGAGUAGCUCAGGGGUUAGAGAAAGAGCUGGGCUGCAGUGUGGAAGGCAGUGAGUAGCUUGGUUUUACAGCAAACAUGUAUUUUCAUGUUAAAACAGCUGGCACUAGCUUAAGGAAGUUCUCGGUUUGCUUGCCUCGUGUUCCAGGAACUCUGUUACUACUUCCUUGGUUACCUCAAAAGUAUCUACUGGGUCAUGUUACUGGCUGGAAGUGUGUCAAUCAGUAGAGGAAACAGCUGAUUGGUUAUUGACAGAGGGGAAAAAAAAAAACAGUGAAGGGGUGGGGACAAUUUUCACCCUCAGGCGAUCCAGGAAGUACAAGACAAAACCAUGGCUGAUGUCACGUUUUUAAAAACGCAUAUUUGCAUUUUUUUUUUUGUUCUCCAAAACUGCACAUUGAGACACAUUUAAAGAGCUGUGUAGGUGAUCUGCAGUUCCUUUCAGCCCGUCCAAAUGGUGUGUUUACAGCACCCCUGCAGGGGUGAGAUAAUGUGGAAAGCUAUUUGCCUUGCGAAAAUUACAAAAGAAGGAAAAUUGGCUUCCGAGUGCCUAGAGCUUCUGUGCUUUUAUUGGUUAGGAAAGAAGCUGUGACAUUCACCCACCCCCUCAAAACGUGGGAGGGAGGGAGGGAAGUGCUAAAGAUAGACAGGAGGAUCGACUGCACUUUCCCUUGAGGGCAGAACGAGCUGGAGAACACAAAAAUGAAAUCGGCUGUUUCAUUUUGCUGAAAACGCGCGCCGUGCAUGUGCACCUGAAGGAGGCGCUAGAGAGAGAGAGACACACACACAAUGGAGCCCAUAUCUCUAGAAGACUCUGCCACGAUUGACGAGCUGGUGCAAGCCUGCAUCGACGCAUUUGAUGAGAUGGGGAAGCUGAAAGACAGCACCUUGCUUCGCAUGUUCCUUCUGAUGCACCCCUGGUACCUGCCCUCCACCGAACUAGCCAAGAAGCUGCUCAGCAAAUCUCAAGAAGAGGAAAGUAGCACUGGGGUGAGGACACGGAUUUGCCACCUGGUCAGGUACUGGAUCUCUGAGUUUCCUGCAGAGUUUGACCUCAAUCCUGAGCUGGCCGAUCAGAUCAAGGGACUGAAGGACUCUCUGAGUCAGGAGGGCAACGUCCGGCAGAGUCGUCUCAUUGACAUAGAGAGCGUCCCCUCGUACGAGUGGAAGAGACAGGUGACUCAGCGACAGCCCUGCCUCUCGAAGAAGCGCAAGAUGUCCCUUCUGUUCGACCACCUGGACUCCUCCGAGCUGGCAGAGCACCUGACCUACCUGGAGUUCAAAUCCUUCAGCAAGAUCCUGUUCCAGGACUAUCACAGCUUCGUUAUGCACGGCUGCACAGUGGAUAACCCCAUCCUAGAGCGCUUCAUCACUCUCUUCAACAGCGUCUCCCAGUGGAUCCAGAUGAUGGUGCUGAGCAAACACACCGCCCAGCAAAGAGCCGCUGUCAUCAAACAGUUCAUCCAAGUGGCGCAGAAGCUGCUGCAGCUCCAGAAUUUCAACACUCUGAUGGCGGUGGUGGGGGGGCUCAGUCACAGCUCCAUCUCCAGACUCAAGGAGACCCACCAACACGUCACCCCAGAUGUGAAGAAGGUGUUCGACAGCUUGACCGAGCUGGUGACCUCGUGUGGGAACUACAGCCAGUACCGGAGGCGCUUUGCGGAGUGCGAGGGGUUCCGCUUCCCCAUCCUGGGGGUCCACCUGAAGGACCUGAUCGCUGUGCACGUGGCGCUGCCCGACUGGGCCGACAAGGAGAAGACCCGGGUCAACCUGGUCAAGACCCAGCAGCUGUACACCAUCCUGAACGAGCUGGCCAAGGUCCAAGUCACGGCGCCGCGCAUCGACGCCAACAACGACCUGGUCAACCUGCUAACGGUGUCCCUGGACCAGUAUCACACAGAGGAGGACAUCUAUCAGCUGUCCUUAACACGAGAGCCACGGCAGCACUCCAAAUCCAUUCCUAACUCCGCCCCCAACUCCGCCCCCAAGCCCUCGAUGAUUGACGAGUGGGCGUCGGCAGUGAAGCCCAAGGCAGACCCGGAGAUCAUCAGCAAACACAUCGAGAAGAUGGUGGAGUCUGUAUUUAAGAAUUUCGACACGGACGGAGAUGGACACAUCUCCCAGGAAGAGUUCGCGAUCAUCAGGAAUAACUUCCCUUACCUCAGCAAGUUUGGGGAACUUGAUCAGAAUCAUGACGGACGAAUCAGCCGUGAGGAGAUGGUGGUGUACUUCAUGAGCGCCAGCUCCCUGCUGAACUGCAAGAUGGGAUUCAUCCACACCUUUGCCGAGACAACCUACCUGAAACCCACCUUCUGUGAACACUGCGCUGGCUUUAUCUGGGGGCUGUUCAAGCAGGGAUACAAGUGCAAAGUAUGUGGGGUGAACUGCCACAAGGCCUGCCGGUUCCACCUAGCUGUGGAGUGCCGAAAACGAACCAAGAGCAUCAGCCUGGAUGGCCCCGCCCGCCGUAACUCCAGAUCCUUCAGCUUCCCUCCCCCUGGGAACUCCCCGCCCUCCAUACAGCAAUCAGGUAACUGCCCCUCCCUGCAUACAGCGAUCACAGAACUACCCUGCCUCCUGCCCCUCCCUGCAUACAGCGAUCACAGAACUACCCUGCCUCCUGCCCCUCCGUGCAUACAGCGAUCACAGAACUACCUUGCCUCCUGCCCCUCCGUGCAUACAGCGAUCACAGAACUACCUUGCCUCCUGCCCCUCCCUGCAUACAGCGAUCACAGAACUACCCUCCCUCCUGCCCCUCCCUGCAUACAGCGAUCACAGAACUACCCUGCCUUCUGCCCCUCCCUGCUCUCCAGUGCUACAGGUUUUGAUUCUGAACUGCAGCUAACGAAAUCAGACAGGAUCCUUAGCAGCCGCCUUCAGUCGGUUAUAAUUGUGAGAUUGUUAAAUGCGUUAAAGAGAAGAGCAGUCUCGUGAAAGCAUGCUCUGGUAGACGCUGUAAAGAAUUGUUUUACAGUUCUGCAAAUUCCCAGAAUGGAAGCGAUGGCCGUGCAGGAUAACAGAGCGUGUAUGAAAAGUUUUUUUUUU